CUUUCUCUACUAAAUUUGUAAUAGCUGAUAAAAAUUCAUUUCUUCCUUUAGGAUGUUCUCGAAUUUAUGCAAAUCAGCUCGACCUGAUUCUCCUGCGGCCUGUUUCGAGCGGUUUAUUGAAUUCCACAACGAAAUUACGCAAGGAAUUAAUGACAUGGUGUCCAUUCAAGCAGCUACUUCAGCUUCAGAAUUGGCUCAGAAACCAAAGGGAGAAGAGGAGCCACAGGUUUUACAUGAAGUCACACACAACUCCAUGGACCAAUCAUCCAACAAACGAAAGUGUGGUGUGUACAAAUCAAUGGCUGCAAUUCCUGAAAGGCAAGAAAACAAGACAAGCACUGGGAGGGUUCUCAGAUCAAAUAUCAACCAGAAGGAGAUGUUGGAGAAGAAAGGUUCAAAACUCGGAGCACUGGAACCAGUUGGUGAGAAUGACGAGAACAAGAAACCAGCAACAGCACCAUGUAGCAGUUUGAACAAUACAAUAAAGCUUGCUAAACAGAUUGAGACAGAAGCUGGGAACUGGUUUAUGGAGUUCAUUGAGAAAGCAUUGGAAACAGGGUUGAAGAAAGCAAAGGGAGAAUCAGCAGGUGAUGUUAGAAAAGUUCCUCAGUCUCUUGUACUCAAAGUUAUGAACUGGGUUGAGGUUCAACAGUUUGAUAACAACAAGCGACCUAGUCAUCCCAAAGCUGCACAGAUAGCUCGAAAGUUGAGGAUAAAGAUAAAAAAUCCUUGAUAAUAGUUGUUGUUGUUGUUGUUCAAUUUGAUGAACACCGCUUCAACGUUUGUGUGUACUACUGGUUUGGAAUAGCAGUUGUGAGAUGUCUUGUUUCGAUUUGAGCAAUUUUUUAAGAUCUUAUUGUAAUAAUAGCCAUUAUAUUUGUUUGUAACAAUAGUCAUGAUUCAUUAAUCACUAUAUUAUACAAGUUUAUCUGGUUCCACUUCGAAAUUUUA